CGCACACCCAGCUUCCUGGUUAUGGCGAUAAUAACCCGCCUAACUGGCACUCAACCCCCUUUCCUUUCCAUCAUCUCCUCGUCCGUCACCAGACUUUUCUCGUCUUUCGGUGUGUUCCGUCGCAAAAUGACAGCAUCCACAAGCGAGGUGACCCGGUUCGACUUCCUGGUGGUCGGCGGAGGUUCCGGAGGUCUGGCGGGGGCUCGGAGGGCGGCGGAGCUCGGCGCAAACGCAGCCGUGAUCGAGAGUCAUAAACUUGGAGGUACCUGCGUCAACGUUGGCUGUGUCCCAAAGAAGGUGAUGUGGAAUGCGGCGGUGCAUGCAGAAUUUCUUCACGACCACGCUGAUUACGGCUUCAAUGUUGAAAAAGUUAAUUUCAGUUGGGAAACAUUGAAAACAAAAAGGGAUGCUUACAUCAGACGCCUGAAUCAAAUUUAUCGCAACAAUCUUGAUAAGGCUAAAAUCCAAACCAUUGAAGGUCGUGCCAGGUUCACUAGUGAUCCAGAGCCAACAUUAGAGGUCAAUGGCAGGAAGUACACAGCGCCUCACAUCCUCAUCGCCACUGGGGGGCAGCCUUCUGUGCUGACUGAUGCUGAGAUUCCAGGAGCAAGUCUGGGAAUCACCAGUGAUGGCUUUUUUGAGCUUGAAAGCCUUCCAAAGCGUAGUGUUGUCGUGGGUGCCGGUUACAUUGCUGUGGAGAUGGCGGGCAUCCUCACGAACCUGGGCUCGAAAACCUCCCUAAUCAUACGGCAGGGUGAGGUUUUGAGGAACUUUGACAGCUUUAUCAGCAUAAACUGCACCAAAGAGCUACAGAACUCUGGCGUGGAUUUGCAGAAGAACGCUCGGGUGACAUCGGUGCGCAAAACCGACACGGGGCUGGAGGUGACGUUUGUCACUAAUGACACUGGCAAGAUCAGCACUAUUUCAGAAGUGGACUGUGUUCUGUGGGCAAUCGGCAGGAAGCCCAACAUCUCUGGACUAAAUAUUGGCGAGAUGGGUGUAGACACAGAUGAACAUGGCCACAUCGUGGUGGAUGAAUACCAAAACACCAGUCGACCGGGAAUCUACGCCGUCGGAGAUGUUUGCGGCAGAGCUCUUCUCACGCCUGUUGCCAUCGCUGCUGGCAGGAAGCUGGCGCACAGACUGUUUGAGGGCAAGAAGGAUUCCAAGUUGGACUAUUCCAACAUUCCCACGGUGGUGUUCAGCCACCCACCCAUUGGCACAGUGGGCCUCACAGAAGAGGAGGCAAUAAUAAGCAAAGGCAAAGAGAACGUGAAGAUCUACAAGACCUCCUUCACGCCACUGUAUCACGCCAUCACCACCCGCAAGACUUCUUGCAUCAUGAAGAUGGUGUGUGUGGGCAAGGAGGAGAAGAUUGUUGGUCUGCACAUGCAGGGUCUGGGCUGUGAUGAGAUGCUGCAGGGUUUCGCUGUGGCUGUCAAGCUUGGCGCGACCAAAGCAGAUUUUGAUAAGACUGUUGCCAUUCACCCGACCUCUGCUGAGGAGCUUGUCACCAUGCGUUAACGGGACAAAGCUGGGGCUCAAAUACACGUUCGUUCCACAAGAAAGUCCAUCUGAUGAAUUGCUUCAUAAAACGACACUCAUUUUUACUCAUUUAAAUGGCCCUUGUUGUGCACAUUCUUUUUUUUCUGCCUUUUACCAAGACCGAGUUGUAGCUUUCUCAAAUUGUACUGUGGGUCUUAAUGAUUGAGUGGUAAUUACAAUGGACUCUAUUUUCAGUCAUGGAUGGCGUGAUUGCAUGGGAAGGCCAAAGACCUCGACCUUAUUUUAUGUUUGAUCCGAAGUGAGUCAUUUGUCAAAACACUGCUCCCCGCAAAGGAACCCAUCUAGUACCAAUUACGUACAAGUCAUGACACAUCAACUGUACUGUUGGAAAGAAUAAAUAAACAUUCAUUCUUUGUUCAUAUGUGUUUUGGGGAUUCUCCUGGUUUUAUUGAAUGUUUCAAAACAACAUGUGUUGUAGCAACCAUCUAAACUUCGACUCCCUGGUCCAUUGUGUUUAAGUUUACAUGUGUUGACAUAGGAUAAAUAAACCAGAACUACUGUCACACCUAAACCAGGGGUGUGGAAACUGCAGUCUCAAGUUGAGCUAUGCGGUUGUACAACCAAGUACAAUAAUUGUUAUAAAAACGUUCGGGUUGUCCCAAUCUGAUCAAAAAUCAGGGGGGCAGGGGGGGUCAUGUGACUUUCAACUGAUCGGUAUCUGCUGGAAAAGAUUGGAUUUUUAAAUUUCUAAAGUCGAUAAUAAAAUAUUUACCUUUUUUCUAAAUAAAUAAGAUAAGUGAGACUGUU